CCCCGGAAGCCGGAAGUUGUCGGCCUAGCCUCCUAGCUUGGCGGCUGCCGUCCCUGAAGCGGGAGGAGCCCGAGGGGGCGCGGGCCCCCGCAUGGAUCUGGUACUAGAAGACAUGGAUCUUGCUGCCAACGAGGUCAGCAUUUACGACAAACUCUCAGAGACUGUCGAUUUGGUGAGACAGACAGGCCAUCAGUGUGGCAUGUCAGAGAAGGCAAUUGAAAAAUUUAUCAGACAGCUGCUGGAAAAGAAUGAGCCUCAGAGGGGAGAACCCCAAUAUCCUCUCCUUAUAGUGGUGUAUAAGGUCCUUGUGACCCUGGGAUUAAUCUUGCUUACUACCUACUUUGUGAUUCAGCCUUUCAGCAUAUUACCACCUGAACCAGUGCUUUCAGGAGCCCACACCUGGUGCUCACUCAUCCGCCACAUCCGGCUGAUGUCCUUGCCCAUUACCAAGAAGUACCUGCUAGAAAAUCAGGACACUUCUCCACUUACAGAUGAGGAAGACAGGCCCUUUCCAGAACUGGACCCUUGGUCAACGAAAGACUGUGAGCAGAACGAGUCAGACCCCGUUCCUGCCAACUGCACUGGCUGUGCCCAGAACUUGCCGCUCAAGGUGGUGAUGCUGGAGGACACUCCAGGGGCAUUCGAGCGGCUCCACCCCCUGCUCAUCAAGACGCAUCAGCCCUUGUUGUUGGAGGGGCUGCAGCAUUUUCUGUGUCGCUACCCGGAGGCGGCAGAAGGCUUCGCUGAAGGCUUUCUCACCAAGUGGCUGCGUUGCUUUCCUGACCGGUGGUUCCCGUUCCCCUACCCCUGGAGAAGACCUCUGAACAGAUCACAAGUUUUACAGGAGCUUUUCCCUGUUUUCACCCACCUACCAUUUCCAAAAGAUGCCUCCUUGAAAAAGUGCUUCCUCCUUCACCCAGAUCCUGUUGUGGGAAGUCAGAGGCACGAGCUGCAUGACCUGUUUGUUGUCGGCAGCGGCGAGGCUGUGUUGCAGCUCAUUCCUCCCUUCCAGUGCCGGAGACACUGCCAGUCCCUGGUGAUGCAGCUGGAGCCCGGCGAUGUCGGCUAUGCCAGCACUGCCCACUGGAAGGUCUAUGUGGUCGCUAGAGGGGCCCAGCCGUUGGUCAUCUGCGAUGGCACCACAUUCUCAGAAGCAUAAGAACCGGACGUACUUGACCCAGGAACAGCGACAACUGGAGACCAGCCUGAGCAGGGUGGGGAAGUGAAAACGUGACUCUGCUUUUGGGGGGCUGGUUACCUUGUGACCUGCCCAUUGCAUGUGUGUGAGCCAGCCCCCUGCCUUCAUGCAACUCUCCCUGUACGGGCCUGUGAGAGAUCAGGCUCUCCCUUGGGCCCUCGAGGCCGCCCCCAGGCGGGACCAGUGUUGACCCUUCCCUUGCCUGUGUGAGCAUCAGCCCUCUGCUGCCUCCCUGCCACGGCGAGGUGACAAGCCCUGCUUUACCCGGUGCGCCUGCUUAUCCCCUGCCUCUCUGUCACAUCAUCCUGUACUGGUUUUGGAAAGCCAUGGCCGAAGAAGAAUAUCCUUGCAGCUUCCCACGCAGGACAGGACGGCAUCCAGAGCCCGUCAGAGAAGAGGAGAGCGCUGUGGAUUGCACUGAGGGCGAUGGCAGGCUGGAGCCUGGUCUUGGUGCGGAUGGUAGUUCGGAGAGUGCUCGCUUACCGGCCCCCACCCCAUCCUGCCCCUCGCCCCUCCUGCCUUGCUGAAGUCCGGCUCCUGACCUUCCCCCGCCUCCCGGGCCUGGUGGAGCAGCGCCAGCUAUGAGGCAGCGCCCUUCCUGCUGACGGCCGGGCUUUUCACGUGUCCUCAGAGAGAUGAGUCGGAGUGGCUGGCUCCGGAGAGGGUGCCUCCCUGGGUUUGAUCCUUGGGGUGAGUGGGGGAAGAUGUUUCACAGAUGUGUGAAACUGCAGCCGUGAAGGGCCUGGCAGCUGGGCGGGUGGCACUGUGCUGCUCGGUUCCCUGGAGGGUCGGGCAGGAAGCAAGGUGACCCUGGUUUAUCUUCUGUAAUGACAUAAAGCUACAUUCUUCAGA